GUAUUCAUUCGGUCCGUGUCUGUAAUUUCCUACACAAACCAAACAAAACAGAUCGAAGAAAAAACGACAAACAAAAAAUAACUUAACUGUUUUUAAUCGUAAAAAAAUAAAAUCUUCGCAUCAAAAAUUUCAGAAUGAGUGUGAUAAAUACAACUGAUUGGGAUGAUACACUUUUGGUCAAGGCCUAUGAAAGUUCACUCAAAUUGGCCCAAGAAGAACUAGCACGCCGCAUUGCACGAGCAACAAAUGGUAAGAAAGUUCCGACAAAAAAUCGUGAAGAUGCUGCACCUUCAUCCGUCGUCGCUGAACCCACAGCUUGCACAUCGAAUUCUAAACAAUCUGAAGAAGAAAAUCCAAGUUUCACUCUUGGUGAUUACGCCAGAGCCACUUACGACGAUGGUGUCGAUUAUGAAGGUAAAAUAAUUGCUCUGGACGAAGAACAAGGUACUUGUCGAAUUCGUUAUAUUGGUUACGAGAAUGAACAAGAAGUUCGCAUAUGUGAUUUGGUUCCAUCUUGGGGCAAGAAGAAUCGUCGUAUGCAAUUCAAUCGGGCUAAACAAGAAUUAGACCCUAACGAGGCUUCCACCAGUGGGUGCGAUGCCAAGCAAAAAAUCAAAACACAAUUCCCAACGGCACCAAAUGGUUUCCCGAUUGGAGCUAUACCACCACCGCCACCAAUGCCACCAAUGUUGGGUCAAGGUCAGUGUGAGAAUUCGGAGCAUCUGUCUGCCAUGUUGAUGUCGUGGUAUAUGAGUGGCUAUUAUACGGGAAUUUAUCAGGGCAUGCAAAUGGCCAAAGCAAAUAAUACCAAACAAAAGAAGUAGUAGACAACACGUUAUCAUUCUUAUUAAUCUUUUAUUAUUUCAUUGUAUAAUCACACAAAAAACUAUAAAUAAAAAAAUCAAAACAUA